AUGGCCUGGCCUUGCAUCAGCCGGGCCUGCUGCAUCGCCCGCUUCUGGAACCAGCUGGACAAAGCCGACAUCGCCGUGCCUUUGGUCUUCACCAAAUAUUCGGAAGCCACCGAGAUCCCGGGGACCCAUGUUGUGGUGCAUCAGCAGCAGCAGCAGCACCACCUGCCACGCCCAUCCUCGGCCAUCGAGACCCAGCCCUCUGCCCUUGGCGGGGGUGACCUGGAUGCGGUUGCCAGGGCGACCUCUGCAGCUGUGGACCACGCGGCCCCGGGAGGCCAUCACAAGCCUGGGCAGCAGCCGAAAGACCCGUCGGCCGACUCGGUGAUGCGCCAGGACUACAAGGCUUGGAAGGUGCAGAGACCCGAGCCCAGCUGCAAGCCGAAGAGCGAGUACCAGCCGUCGGACACGCCCUUUGAGAAGGAGAGCCAGUACCAGAAGGAUUUCCGCGCCUGGCCCAUCCCCAAGAGAGGCGACCAUCCCUGGAUCCCCAAACCUAUGCCCAUUCCUGCGGUGGAUCUGGACAAAGGCUCCAAGGAGAGGCCUGGGAGCCUGGAGAGGAGGAGGAAGACCCACGUGGCUCCAGAGAAGGAGGAGAGAGGGAAGGAAGAGGAGGCCAACCCCACCAGGCCUGAAGAAGGGAGGGUCAAGAAGACCAAGAAGAAGGUUCUUGUAUCUGAGGGUGACCCGAUACAGCAGCAACAGCAGGUGGCGGCUGGGUACUCCACGUCGCUCGACACCAGCAAAGGACGGGCGGCCGUGGAUGCUCUCAACCGGCAGAUCAAGGAGGAAGUCACAGCCCGGGUGAGCACCUCCUCCUACAGGUAAGAAGCCCAGCAGGUUGACCCAUACCUGGUAGGACUUCCUGCUUGGUCCAGUCACGCGGUUGGAGGUGGGCCUGACCGCCAGGCGGAGGGAGGGGGCUGGCCGAAUUUGUGGGAGAUGCUUGCAUCUUUGUCGCCAGGAAUAAUAAUAACAAUAAUUAUUAUUAUUAUUUAUUUGUACCCCGCCCAUCUGGCUGGGUUUCCCCAGCCACCCUGGGCGGCUUCCAGCAAGGAUUAAAAAUACAGUGGUACCUCAGGUUACAUACGCUUCAGGUUACAGACUCUGCUAACCCAGAAAUAGUGCUUCAGGUUAAGAACUUUGCUUCAGGAUGAGAACAGAAAUCGUGCUCAGGCGGCGCGGCAGCAGCAGGAGGCCCCAUUAGCUAAAGUGGUGCUUCAGGUUAAGAACAGACCACCGGAACGAAUCAAGUACUUAACCUGAGGUACCACUGUACAUCCAAAUGUCACACAUUAAAAACUUCCCUGAACAGGGCUGCCUUCAGAUGUCUUCUAAAUGUCAGGUAGUUGUUUAUCUCUUUGACAUCUGACAGGAGGGCGUUCCACAGGGCGGGCACCACCACCGAGAAGGCCCUCUGCCUGGUUCCUUGUAGCUUUGCUUCUCGCAAUGUGGGAAGUGCCAAAAGGCCCUCAGAGCUGGACCUCAGCAUCCGGGCAGAACGAUGGAGGUGGAGAUGCUCCUUCAGGUCUACUGGGCACAAACCACAAGGCGGUUCUCCUCCAUAAACCACAUUGACAUGAGGAAAAUCAGAAGCUGCCUUAUAUACCACUGCUCCAUCUAGCUCCCUAUUGCCUACACUGACCGGCAUCAGGCAAGGGAGAAUCUCCCAACCCUACCUGGAGGCCCCAAGAAUUGAAGCUGGGCCCUUCUGAAAGCAAAGCAGAUGUUCUGCACCCCAGCUGCUGGCAUCACCAAAGGAGGUCGUUGGUAGGACCUGUGCUGUGCAUGCAGAAUCUCCCAGGAUCCAUCCCUGACAUUUCCCAUUGAGAAGAUGCUUGACUACAGGGCUAGGAAUGUUCUCCUGGGUAUCUCAAGAGCCUCUGCCAUUCAGAGUAGACAAUAUGGAGGCAGGUGGGUCAGUGGUCAGCAUAUACAUGCUUGUGUGAACGGUUCUUUCCUUUUACAGCUUGCAUUCAGAUUAGUGAAAACCACAUAGGAGAAGCCCCUAUUGGAUUGUUUCCCAGAUAAAUAACUGCAGGGGCACAUUAUAUAUAUAUAUUUCACCCUGGGAGUCAAAAUGUUUUUGGCCAAUUUUGCGUGCUGUGGGAGAUAAACUUCUUUCCUUUUUUCUUCCUCUAACAUCAAAUGCAACAGAUUUCAUGGCUUUAGAAAUAACAGGUGUCGACUCUAGUUCUGCCUCCAGAGCUGACGAUGAAAUUCUGUAAGAGGCUCUGAAAUUUUGCCGUCCUUGAAUUCUCACACGGACGGUACAAAAUUUCACACCCGGGACUGAAUUUUUGCACCCGGAACCAAGACUUUGACAUUUGCUAAGAGAAUUCUCUUGGGUGUUCCUAAUUCUGCCAUCUAUAAAUCUCUCCCCCCCCAAAUUAUAUGAGGCUACAUAUAUGAACUUUCAGAAUUUCAUAUUUCAAGUUUAUUCUGUGCCUUUUAAAACUUCUUAUUGCUGUCAUCCGUUCAGUUCCUUUCACAGGAUUCAUAUAUAUUUUAAAUCAUCAUAACCUCCAAGUGGUUUACAUGAAAUAGGAAACAUACUUUAAAAUGACUGAUAAGCUCAGAUGUUAAAAACAAAAUGAAACCAGCAAAUUUUUUAAAAUUAAAAAUAGAAACUAAAAUUACACAUGAAAAUACAUGUUGAAUUGACAUGUCUGAGUAGGCAUGCUUCAACAAAAAAACCCCCAGUAUUAGCAGAUCCUGAAAGACACACUGGCCUAAUAUCACUGGGCAGGGAGUUCCAAAGUAUAUGCUGUAAUGCAGAAGGCUUGAUUCCUUGCAAGGCCAGAAAGAAGAUUAUGUAGCCUUUGUGAAACUACAUGUGGUUGGAGAGAGAAAGGGCUGGCAGGCUCAGAAGAACUGAGGCUCAGAAGGCUUUAGGAUUAUAUCUUUAGCCAAGGGUAGCAGGGUAGCUCUCUGAAUCUUGUUGUAUUACAGUUCCCAUCACUCCUGACCAUUGGCCAAGGCUGAUGGGACUUGUAGUCCAGCCUCUUCUGGACUUAAGACACUUGACUAAGACGGCAGCCCCACCAUAUGCUUACCUGGGAGCAACUUGCCUUGAACUGAAGGACGGUUCCUGGGGAGGAGACCUGCGUACGGUUGCAAAUCAGCAAUCAACAGCUGGCUGUUUUCGGUUAUGACCAUAGCUGUCAACCUUCCCGUUUUUUGCGGGAAAUUCCCUUAUUCCAGCGCUGCUUCCUGCUGCUAUCCUGGAUUGUUAGAUAUCCCGUAGACUGUCCCCGGGACAGGUGGGGCUGCUGAUCCCUUAUUUUCAAAUCUGAAAGUUGACAGCUAUGGUUGUGACCCACCCGUGUCUUAAUCUUUGAAUGCUAGUGGAAUAGUAAGGCUCGGGCGUGGCACCCUCAGUUCUUGGGGGCUGAGCAGGGAAUGAAUGGGUUGCAAACAGCAGAUCAAGGAAACUUAUUUCUUGUGUACGAUGCUGUUAUACAGACAACUUCCUAUUUACAGAAGAGUUAUAUUCCAAGGCGUUGUGCAUUUAAAUGAAAUUAUGUGUGUAUAUUGAUAUCUAAUUUUUCUAUUGAUCUAUACGUUGUUGUUGUUUUAUUAAAGGAUCAUUUUUUAUUAAAGGAUCCUUUAUUAAAGGAUUUAUUAAAGGGUACAUGCAACAUCUCUGUUUUUAAUAAUAAUAAUAAUAAUAAUAAUAAUAAUAAUAAUAAUAAUUUGUUAUUUAUACCCCGCCCAUCUGGCUAGGUUUCCCCAGCAGCUCUGGGCGGCUUCCAGCAAAAUAUUAAAAUACAAUAAUUCAUCAAAUAUUAAAAGCUUCCCUAAACAGGGCUGCCUUCAGAUGUCUUCUAAAAGUCAGACAGUUGUUUGCAGUGGACACUCGGGUUGCGAACAUGAUCUGUGCGGGAUUUACAUUCGCAACUAGCAGCAUUCACAACCCGCAGCGAUACAUCUGCACACGCGCGGGUUGCGAUUCAGCGCUUCUGUGCAUGCGUGACCACCGAAACCUAGAAGUAACCCAUUCCAGUACUUCCGGUUUUCGGUGGUCGGUAACCCGAAAAAACGCAACCUGAAGCGGCUAUAACCCGAGGUAUGACUGUAUUUCCUUGACAUCUGAUGGGAGGGCAUUCCACAGGGUGGGUGCCACCACCGAGAAGGCCCUCUGCCUGGUUCCCUGUAUGCACAGAGUCCUUUCUCCAGUUACAUUCACUGUGUGUCACUGCUUUCAUGGACAUUGUGAGGUUGGGGGGCAGUGUUAGAUUUCUCGGGGGUGGGGGGGACUCGGUGCAAAAUGGCUCCUUAAACUAAGGUUAAAAGGUAAAGGUAAAGGGACCCCUGACGAUUAGUUCCAGUCAUGGCCGACUGGGGUUUUGGCGCUCAUCUCGCUUUAUUGGUCGAGGGAGCCGGCAUACAGUCAUGUGGCCAGCAUGACUAAGCCGCUUCUGGCAAACCAGAGCAGCGCACGGAAACGCCGUUUACCUUCCCGCCGGAGCGGUAGCUAUUUAUCUACUUGCACUUUGAUGUGCUUUUGAACGGCUAGGUUGGCAGGAGCAGGGACCGAGCAACGGGAGCUCACCCCGUCGCGGGGAUUCGAACCGCCGACCUUCUGAUCGGCAAGUCCUAGGCUCUGUGGAUUAAGCCACAGCACCACCUGCGUCCAGUCUGGUUGCCAUUUUGGAGGCAAGAUGGCUCUAAAGCCUCAUUUUUCAAACGAUGAACUGACUGUGAUCAGGACCUGAUUUAGCUUUGAUGAGGCCCUAAGUUACUGAAGCUAAUGGGGCCCUUUAUAUGUCCAGCUGUCCUUUGUCAGCAACAAAUUGUUGCAGUUUUUGUUGUUGAAUAUAUGCUCUAUGGUAAUUUAUGGACCUAAUAGGUAUCUCAAGCCAUUUGCACAUGUUGCCGUGCAACCAGUCCAUGCAGAAUGGAGGCACCCUGUAUAUAGAAAGGAGCAAACCAGUGAUAUUUUAGGGAGCAGGCUAGCAGGUGGUGUCCAUGACUUACAUCCUAGGAGCCUACACAACACAAAACACUGUUGCUGCAUGUAGGUUUUAUUUUAUUUGUUUUUUAUCUUAUAUUUUGGAAAUGUACAUCCAGGUUUUUUUCCUUUAAAUUUUUUGGGGGGCCCCAAGAGAGUGGGGCCCUGAGCUGUAGCUUGUUUAGCUUAUAUGCAAACUCGGCGCCGACUGUGUUUGAUUCUCAGAUGAACAUGCCCCCAAAAUUUGUUCAUAAUACCAAAAAAAGGGGUUGUAAUCCAAAAAUAGUUUGCAAACCGGGACAUGCACUUCCGGGUUUGACGUGUUUGUAAUCCAAAACGUAUGCAAACCAGACUGUUUGUAAACCAAGGUACCACUGUAAUAUUAGAUACAUAUAGAGGCAGAUAGUUGUGAAAUGAUUGUGAGGUUUCGUAAGUUAACUGUUUAUAUUUGGACAACUUUUCUGCUGUACUUUAUUGGAAGGAGAAAAAUAAGCAUUUCCUUAAUAACAAUUUAAACAAUUUGUUUAACUAAAACAAUAAUGUUAUAGCCUAUGUAUCCAUGUUUGUUAACUGAUGUGGUUAAGCAAUUCAAAAAACACACACCUUAGACUGAGUUAUAGCACACAGGAAAACUUAAAACUUCUGUAGCUUACUCUUCUUCUUCAAAAAAAGCAUCUGUGAUAAUAUCUUGUCGUUAGAAAAAACUCCCCCAAAUAAUCUUACAGAAACGUCUGGAAGAGCAUGACAUUGCGAAUGUAUUAAUGGAAAAUUUUAAACAUUGCAUAUAAUGCCUCAUGCUACGUAAUUAAAAACAAAUCCAUAUUUCCUGGUGAAUAGCCUUUGGACUAUAAUGUAACUUAAAUAGAAAACUAUCUUUAGAAAGAUUUUUCCCCAAAAAAGCAUUUUAUUUUUUUAAAAUCCAAUUUAAAUUUUAAAAAAUAUAUCUGAUUUUUAUUAUUUAUUUUUUAAAAAAUAAUUGAUUGAUUGAUUGAUUUUUUAAAAAAAAUCAUUGAUUUUUAUCCACCCUGACCAGCUUCCAGGCAUACCUGCUGCUUUCCAAGAGAGAGAGAUGCAAAGCGUGGGGUGGUCGUGGCUGUGUAGACCAGGGGUCAGCAAACUUUUUCAGCAGGGGGCCAGUCCACUGUCCCUCAGACCUUGUGGGGGGCUGGACUAUAUUUUUUUGGGGGGAGUGAACAAAUUCCUAUGCCCCACAAAUAACCCAGGGAUGCAUUUUAAAUAAAAGCACACAUCCUACUCAUGUAGAAACACCAGGCAGGCCCCACAAAUAACCCAGAGAUGCAUUUUAAACAAAAGGACACAUUCUUCUCAUGUAAAAACAUGCUGAUUCCCGGACCGUCCGCGGGCCAGAUUUAGAAAGCGAUUGGGCCGGAUCUGGCCCCCGGGCCUUAGUUUGCCUACCCAUGGUGUAGACGCACCAGCGAAGCCAAUCCGGUCCUCCCACCGCCCAAACGUAGUUGCUCCUCUCCUCUUCCUUUCGCCUUUCCCUGUUUCUGUCGCCCUUCUCCUGUGCUUGAAGGCCGGCUAUCGUUUAGCAGAGGACCUGGCAAAUUCUCUCUCUGCCCUCGUAGGUCAGCACAAUGCCGUCCCUGAAAAGCUGGGAAGGCCGUCAAGUCUGGAAAGCAGGAAUAGAAUCGUAGGUCUUCCAGAUGCAGUUAUAUUUAAUUAAAAGGGACGCCGUGAAUCAUCUUCUGGUUUUCUAAAAAGGCACUGCAGAGAGCUCCUCCCAUUGCAAUUAGCCGCGACUGUGUGCAAAGAGCCUUUUGGCAUCCGUGUUUCCUAAAAAGCACCCACACACCCGCCAGGGAAAACCAGGGCUGAUUUUCUGCUGUGUGGGGGGUUUUUUUCGGAGAAAUUUCCUUCGGUUUUUCCAAAUGGUUUUGCUACAUAUCUUUAAGAAGUGACGGUACGGUGUGUGCAUGUGUGUUUGAUGUGUGUAUGAGAGAGAGAAAGGUCUUGCUUCUCCUUUCCUUAAAAUAAUCAAGGAUAACCAAAAUUGUGUGAUAGUGUUGGUGCAGACAGCGCAGUGUUCAGAAUGCUUUGCUGUUCUUAGUUUCAGUGAAUGGAAUCCACAUGUAAAAAUUAAGUACAGUAAUUCUUGUCUGGAAAGGUGGUUGGUCGACCGUGGCUGUAGGAGCAAACAUGGCAAUGGCUUAUUAUUUCCCAAUAUUGUUAAUGCAUUAAACCAUGCGUAGGCAAACUAAGGCCCAGGGGCCGGAUCCGGCCCAAUUGCCUUCUCAAUCCGGCCCGCGGACGGUCCGGGAAUCCACAUGUUUUUACAUGAGUAGAAUGUGUCCUUUUAUCUAAAAUGCAUCUCUGGGUUAUUUGUGGGGCCUGCCUGGGGUUUUUACAUGAGUAGAAUGUGUGCUCUUAUUUAUAAUGCAUCUCUGGGUUAUUUGUGGGGCAUAGGAAUACAUUCAUCCCCCCCCAAAAAAAUAUAGUCCAGCCCCCCACAAGGUCUGAGGGACAGUGGACCGGUCCCCUGCUGAAAAAGUUUGCUGACCCCUGCAUGAUAAAACAGACAAGAUCUA